CUCCCGGAACUCGAGGACGGGACCCGGGGUUUCUUCAGUAGGUUUGUGGUGUGCGGGUGUCUACAGGUCUGGAGCGAGUUCGAACGUGACGCCACGACCGUGUCAUCCCUGCUUGUUUAAGUUGCCACUGUUUAUGUGUCCAUUGCAUGAGUCGCCGUAGGCUCUUAGGGCCACAGAAUCGGGACGACCUUGGUGACUGCUUUGCAAACUCCACGCACGGGUUGGACGCAAACUUGGAUUGUAGAGGAUUUAAUUUUUUCCCAGCUUUGCCUCCCAGUUCCUCUAUGACCCGGUUAGUUCGAGAUUGCCAGCCCCAUACCUCGACUAGACGCUAAGGGCGAAAACUCAGAAAAGCACUGACUUCCCUGGUGACUUCCAGGGAGGGCAGGAAUAGCAAAAUGAUAGGCCAGCAGCACCCUAGAGAUUGAUUCCUCAGGCUUCUCACAGUCGUGGCCUGAUAAUGUCCCUGUAUGGCUUAGUGCCAAAAUGAGGGAUCGCUAUUUAGAACAAAAGAUUAGUAUCAAGUUUUGCGUGAAAUUGAACAAGUCUGCAAGUAACCACCAUCUUUUGAAAGCCUACGGUGAUGAAGUGGUGUCCAGGGCUCGAGUUUUGUUUGACUGGCACAAAAAGUUUAAAGUAGGGCAAGGAGAUGUCCGAGAUGAUGCACGAAGUGGUCGUCCAGUCCCCCACAGGACGGAUGAAAAUAUCCAGAAGUUCAAGGACUUGGUUUAUUCAAACAGGCAGCUAACGGCCAGAACGAUGGCUGAAGAAUUAAAUUUAGAUAAAGAAACCGCUAGACUCAUUCUGAAAGAAAACCUGACCAUGAGAAAGUCUGCCAAGAUUAUAACGAGUAUUUUGAAGAAUGAGCCUAAAUUAAAGAAAUUUGUAUUCCCAUAUGACCAUUCAGAGGAAAUUAUGAAACCUAGCUUAUAUGUGAGGGAAAAGAUAACAAAUUCUGAAACGUGCAGUCAUUUGCAGCAGAAAGCUGGUGGGGAAAUGUCUCUGCCUCUGUCUAAUCCCAGAAUCCACCCCCUUGGCAGCCAGCUUCUCCAGGGGCCAAUCUCAGCAAGCAUUCCCACUAGGGUUGCUGGGAAUUGGUUCACAUCCUGAUGAAAUGAACCUGAGGUAGCUAGAACCUGUCCUCAUCGGCUUUUCAUCUGGUUUCUGUCUUAUGCUCUUCCUCGCACUUGGCAGGGUCCACCGGCAAUACGGAACUAUGGGGUUCUCUUCCUUGCUGUUCCCCACCAUCUUAGAGGGCUUGUGACUGUUGACUUCAUUUCUUUAGCUUAACCUCGGGCUUAGGGCUGUCCUGCACAUCAUGCUGUCCAGGGGAUCAUGCCAGUGAGAAGCAGGGGUAGGAGUCCAUUUCUGUGCCCAGGGAGACAUACUCUUCUGAGGGGACCCCCAGAGUCCUGCAGUUUCAGCCUGCUUCACAGUCAGGGCCCGAGAGGUAUAAUACAGAAGGCAGUGGCAUGCUGAU